AGGGGGAGGGGGAGUGGCAUCAUGGCGGCGCGCGAGGAGCGGAGUCUGGGGGACGGCGAGGAGGAGGAGGAAGUGGAGCAGCUGGUUCUGGUGGAAUUGUCGGGAAUCAUUGAUUCAGACUUCCUCUCAAAAUGUGAAAAGAAAUGCAAGAUUUUGGGGAUUGAUACUGAAAGGCCCAUCCUGCAAUUGGACAGCUAUGUCUUUGCUGGGGAAUAUGAAGAUGCUCUUGGAACCUGUGUUAUCUUUGAAGAAGAUGUUGACCAUGAUGAGAGAGAGGGAGAUAUAAUCCAUCCUUACUCCACCAUCCAAGGAACUCCCCCUGAUGCAGUGGUGCUCCCAAGUGGUGCCAUGAUUCCAAAUCAGAGCUUCAUGCACGUGGAUCUGGACGGCGGUAACAGAACAGUGCUGAAGUAUAAAUGCCAUACAGUAAAGAAGCUCGGCAUGACACGGACUCUCCUGACGGAAAAGAAGGAAGGCGAAGAAAGCAUAGGCAAUGUGGAAUGGCUGCAAAUCAAGGACAAUGAUUUCUCCUGCAGACCCAACAUGAUUUGUAGCUUUGUGCAUGAAAAUGAAAAUGAAAAUGAAGAUGAAGAAGUUGUACCUCCAGCCUCGGAGAAACCUUUGGAGUUGGAAGAGCCAGAGAGUCAAGGCAAAGAGAAUUCCAGCCUGAUUUAUGAGCAGGAGGAAGGACCGGACUUGGAAAUGGAGGAUUCCGAGCCCGUGAUUGCUCUCCCUUCUUCUGAGACAGACACUUCUAUUUUUAUGGAAGCUCAAGACUCUGACUUAGAUAUCACUCCUAGAUGAAAGGUUUCUCACAGUGAUUUGGCCGUGAACUUUUAGGGGUUUAUGUAGAAGAACUGACUAUGUAGCUCCUACUUUCCUUUUUUUUUUUUUUUUUUUCUUUAUUGGGGGAUUAAUGUUUUCCAUUUGACAGUGAAUACAAUAGUUCGUACAUGCACCACAUUCUUUAGUUUUCCACAUAACAGUACAACCCUCACUAGGUCCUCUGUCAUCCUUCUCCAAGACCUGAACCCUCCCCCCCCCCACCCCACCCGAGUCUUUUUCUUUGUUGUAAUACACCAACUCCAGUCCAAAUUCUACUUGUGUUUUCUUUUCUGAUCUUGUUUUUCAACUUCUGCCUGUGAGUGAGAUCAUCCCGUAUUCAUCCUUCUGUUUCUGACUUAUUUCACUUAACAUGAUUUCUUCAAGUUUCAUCCAAGAUCGGCUGAAAACAGUGAAGUCACUGUUUUUAAUAGCUGAGAAGUAUUCCAUUGUGUAUAUUUACUAUAACUUGCUCAGCCACUCAUCUGUUGUUGGGCACCUGGGUUACUUUCCUAUUUUAUUACUGGCUGGCUAUACAUCCAGUUUUGUGGGGGAGGAAGUUUAUAUGUUUUUGUUUUUCCUUUUUUUUUUUUUUUUUAAGUAUUUUAUUUUUGAGAGAGAUUCAGAGAGAGAAACACCAGAGCAGUGCUCAGCUCUGGUUUAUGGUGGUGCAGGGGAUUGAACGUGGGACUUUGGAGCCUCAGGCAUGACAGUCUCUUUGCAUAACCAUUAUGCUAUUUAUUCCUGCUCCCCCCUCCUUUUUUUUUAUCAGAGCACUGCUCAACUCUGAUUUUAGGUGGUGCCGGGGAAUGAACUUGGAAACUCAAAGCCUCUGGCUUGAAAGGCAUUUGCAGUGGUCCCGUAGAUAGCGCAGUAGAUAAAACACUGGACUCUCAAGCACGAGGUCGUGAGUUCAGUCCCUGGCAGCACAUGUACCAGAAGGAUGUCUGGUUCUUUCUUUCUCUCCUCUUCUCUUUCUCAUUAAUAAAAUAUUUAAAAAAAAUAAAAGGCAUUUGCAUAAGCAUUACGCUGUCUUCCUCAGCUCCGUAGUCCCAAUCAUAACACAUUUGAAUGCAACAGAAUAUUAGAGACCAGAUAUGAAUUGUAUUUCUAAGAUAGUGGUUUUUUUUUUUGGGGGGGCAAGUGGCACACAUUAAGGGGGUUGGGGGAGAUAGUGUAAUGGUUUUGCAAAAAGACGUUUUAUGCCUGACAUUUCAAGAUUCAAUCCCCACACUACCAUAAACCAGAAGCAGUAGGAAGGGGGCUGGGUAGUGGUAUACCUGGUUAAGCACACUUUUUUUUUUUAAACUAAUUUUUUUUAAUUAAUUUUUUUGAUAGAGUCAGCCAGAAAUCAAGAGGGAAGGGGGAUAAAAGGAAAGACACUUGGCUGCGCUGUCUCACCACUUGUGAAGCAUCCCCACCCGCUGGAGGGAAGCUCCACAGGUUUGAAGCAAGUACUGCAGGUGUUUCGGUCCCAUCAAAAAUACAUAAGGAGACUAGGAAGAAUGUGGGCUAGAUAACUGCUGGGGCCUUUCUCUAAUGAGUCCUUUAAGUUGGGAAAUUUUAACUGAGAGUGUAUGUAUUUUCUGUGCUGCUGUCACAAAUUCCCACAGAUGUAAAGGUUUUGUAGGUCAGCCAGCCUUCUGAUAGGUGUCUCACCUGAGCUAAAAUCAAGAAGUAGACCGUAGAGUAAUAAUUUGCCUUUACAUUUGGAGUUUUUCAUUUUUCUCUCUUCCAGAAUGUUUUCUAUUUGUAUAUUAACGUAAUUUCAGAAUAAAAAUGUUUUAAAGUGA